UGGAGAGGCAGUGUCUUUCCUUGUUAACUUAUUUCAUUUCUCCAUCUAAUUGGCUAGCUGUGAAAGAAAUUGCACAAUGGUCGAGUCGUCCAAUUUAAUUGGGAAAAGCCCUACCAUGGUUUCCAUAAUGCUACUUGUUGUUGGUCUGCUAAUGGCUACCCUUACCACUAAGGGAGCAAGCAUUGGUGUUUGUUAUGGAACACUUGGAAACUUGCCACCCCCAGGAGAAGUAAUAGCUCUGUACAAACAAUAUAACAUCCAAAAACUACGGCUCUAUGCUCCUAACGACGACGCUCUCCGAGCCCUUCAAGGCUCCACCAUCGAGGUCAUGCUAGGCAUCGAAAAUGAGCGUCUUCAAGACAUUUCUUCUAACCAAGCCAGUGCAGAUGAUUGGGUUCAAAGAAAUGUCAAAAGCUAUCCGAAUGUCAAUUUCAAAUACAUCGCCGUUGGAAACGAAGUAGAUGCCCUGGGUAACCGAGCACCCUAUGUUGGCCCUGCAAUGGACAACAUUCAAAAUGCAAUUUCUAGGGCUGGGCUUGUAAACCAAAUCAAAGUCUCCACUGCCGUUUUUCCUAUAAUUCCAGAAUCAUCUCCUCCAUCAAAAGGCUUAUUCCGGCCGGAUUAUAGACCAUUUCUCGAUCCUAUCAUAAGCUUCCUAGUCAGAAACCAAUCUCCUUUGCUUGUUAACAUGUACCCAUAUUUUAGUUACAUUCAAAAUAGUCAGAAGAUUAAACUCGAGUACGCCCUUUUUACAUCUCCAUCGGUUGUAGUCAAUGACGGUCGGCUUGGGUAUCAAAACCUGUUUGAGGCAAUUCUAGAUGCGCAUUACUCAGCAUUAGAGAAGGCUGGAGGCGGCUCUCUGAAAAUUGUUGUAUCGGAGACUGGUUGGCCCUCGGCUGGCGGAGACGAGCGAGUGACAACGACAGCGAAUGCAAGAAUUUACAACUCGAAUUUGAUUAAACAUGUCAAGGGUGGGACUCCGAAGAAACCUGAAAGCCCCAUAGACACUUACGUGUUUGCCAUGUUUGAUGAGAACCAAAAACGUGGAGAAGAGACCGAGAGACACUGGGGGCUCUUCUUUCCAAACAAACAGCCUAAAUAUACCAUUGAUUUCAAUUAAGAGUGGAAACUCAAACCUAAAUAUCCUAUUAAUUUCAAUAAGAGUGGAAACUCAACUAUGUUACGGAAUUAUCUUGUUAUAAAUAAUACUUAUCAUGUGGCUGUUCACACGCCCUUCUUUUCUUCA